AUCCGUAUUAUUUCUAUCAAAAAGGCAGGUGCAUAUUAGGAAUUAUUGUACUUGUAUGAUUUUUAUCCUAAAAAAAUAAUUUGAACGAAUAAAUUAUAAUAAUACUCUUGCUUUUAUUACUUGAUAAAAAUAAAAUUAGUGAUUAUCUUUUCAUUCUUUAUUAAAAGUUUUAUAAUAUUUCUAGUGUUGGUAGCUAACAAAUGAUCAAGUUCUGACUUCUGGCGCUAGAACGUGUGAGUGGGAGUGAAUUUUUGUUAGCUUACUUGAGGUUAUUAGUUAUUUCCGUAAUAUUUUCUUUGAAUUUGAUUAUUAAUAUCUUUGGAAUUUAAUAUUCAAUUAUGGAAGGACAAGAUGAAUCCGUUGCUACCAAUGAUGAACCUCAGAUUCUAGCUGAAACUGCUAAACCUGAAGCCAUGCUAUCGUCUAGUGAAUUGGAGAAACUCGAAGAGGCAAAACUGAAGGCGAAAUUCCCCAAUGCACCUGGAUUCAGAGGCCAUUCUGCAUUCCUACAGAAGAAGCUAGCCAAAGGGCAAAAGUACUUCGACUCUGGCGACUACCAGAUGGCAAAGCAGACGUGCGGGGGUGGCGCGGGGGGCAAGGGUGGAGCAAUGGGUGGCGCUUCCCGCCAGAUGCCGCCUCAGGCACUGCUUUCGUUCGGUACAGGCGACGCCAUUCCGACGCCCGAGAGUGUCCCGGCGCGCAAGACCAGCAUCAUCCAGCCCAAGUUCUCGUCGCCCAACCCCGCCACAUAGCUUGCGCCUGCGCACUGAUGUGUCUCAAACAGCUGUUGCAUGUGAAUGUGAGUGAAUGAAUGAUAAGUGUUGAAUGAAAAGCUACAAAAUUAUUUCAAAAUUGAAAAUACGAACUACAGUUACAUGUGUAUGGAAAUUAUAGUUGAGUUGAAGUGUUGAAUGAAUGAAAAAUGUGUGGAAAAUAAGUGUCGAUAAAGUGCUGAUGAACGUUUAAGUAGGUAGUGUAUUGAAUUAGAAGGGUCUCUAUACGAAUAGCUGUUAUAAGCCAUAGUGAUGUUGAAUUACAGUAAGUGAUUGAAAAGAUACAAAGUUAUACAAAAUUAUUUUGGAAUUAAAAAUGCAAACUGCAGUUACUUUGUUAUGUGAAUAUAUAAAACUUUGUAAUGUGAGUGAUUAUACUUCAAUUGUGUUGAAUGAAUGAAACUGCAAAUUGAGAAGAAUGACAAAUUGUCGCCCGGUUUUAUGUACGUCUAUUAAUACUAUAUUUCAUAUCAUAUUUAUUCAUUUCAAAUUGUUUGUAUUGAUUGAUCCAUUUUACUCCCAAGAAAUGCUUACAGUUUGAAGUUUAGGACGCAUGUUUAGAAAUGUUAGGCUAUUAAUGUGCCACGAGUGAUGAAAAUGUUCAUAAAUUGUUGACUAGUUCAAGUAUUCAAGUUCAAGAUCCAUGCUAAAAUGUUGUGAAUCCUGGGCUUAGUGAUGUCUGAUUCUCAGUAUUUAUUCAAGUACUGUAGAAUAAACUGCUGUUUUAGGGUUGAAACAGGUAUUUCAUUUUUCCACCCAUUUCAAAAAAAAAAUGAGUCUAUAUCUUUAAUAGUAGUUGAGAUACAAUGCCGGAAUGUACUAUAAUUUAUUAUAUGCGAUAUUAUGACGUAAUGUACUAGAAUUUAGUCGUAUUAUCAGCUACUUCCAACCAGGUAACAGUUACUUUCAUUUAGAUUACUGUUACUAAUAUUUUUCAUGUGAAUUAUGUUUAAUGUGUGAUCAAGCAUACUUGUAACAAUUUCACACCAAUUACCUAUUUCAAAAGUUAUCAACUAUUUCAGGCAGCAAAAUGUUAGGCAAAAAAUAUUUUAAAAAUACAAUUAUUGUAGAUAUUUUUAUGACUCGUGGUUUACACAUAUUAUUUGUACUCAUUUACUGGAUCUAGCUAGUAUUCACUGUAUAUUCAAUAUUAACCAAUUCAUUGUAUGUAUGUUAUUAGCUAUCAGUAGGUAUUAUCAGUAUCAGUAGGCUGACCAAUAAUUAUUUGCAAGAAACAUGUUAAACCCAAUUUAGUUGAAUGUUAUUAACGAUAUUACAUACUCAAUAAGUUAAUAGUAAUUAUUAUUCCUCAAUUAUUGAUUGGAAUUAUUCAUACAUUGAUCAGUGUUAUUUAUUAAAUAUUAAGUUUUCAUGAAUCUGACAAACUAUUAUUAUUCUCCAUUUACUUUUAGUUUCAUGAAAUACUUAUAGAAGACUUACUUAUAUCCAUGGUUAAUUUCCUAGAGAUUCAAAAAUAUGAUUUAAAUCGAACAGUAAGUUGAUUUUUUUUUAAUUUUUACCAGUUCUAUGUGAUUGAUGUGUUUUGAAGUUGAAGCAGGUGAUAACCACUAUAUUGUGUCGAUUGCCUAGAUUGUGUAAUAUUUCUGACCCUAGUUUUUUUCAACAUUUUCUCUUCUUUUAGUAAAACCUCUUCUGUUGGAUGGAUUUGGAGUAUAGGACUUGGUAGUAUAGCUCUAACAUAAUAACAAAUACAGCGAGUGGACCUUCGAAUGUUUGCUAGAUCGGAAUAGUUUAUGAGAAACCAAAUAAAUAUAAAUCUAAAUUAUCAGAAAGCAGUUAGUUAGAGUAAAUUCAAGUUAAAACAGGAUACAAAAGAUCCAAUCUAAUAGUUAGGCCUACCGUAUUUGUAACAAGAAUAUUAAAGGAAAUUGAAAGCCUAAAACGAAUGAUAGGAAGACUACUGAAAACCGACAUCAAUUAUAAGCAAUUAGCUGCACAUACAUUUGAAAGGUAAAUAUUGUAACAAAUUAAAUGCAAACAUGAAUUAAAUUGGAAUGGCCAACUUUCGUACCGCAUCACAUUUUUUUAGGAAUGGUAAUCCAAAAUUAUAAAGCGACGAAAAAGCUAUACAAUUAGCUAAUCUUGUUUUAUAAUAAUAAUAAUUUAUACCAGUUACAAUUAUAUAAUUUAUGCAAUUAUUCAAAUACUAAAAACUCCCUCAUUUUCUAUUCGCCUCACAAUGAUAGCAAAACACAAGAGUAGAAUUACCUCCUAAGAAAUGAGAUUGCUAAGGAGGGUGGUGGGAAAACCCAAAAGAGACAGAGUGAGAAAUAGUGUGAUCAGAGGAUUGGAUAAAGUUUAGAGAAUGGUUGAAGGAACCUGGCGCUCAACGGCAAAAGGGUAUCAAGAAGAAGAAGAAGAAUAGCUGUAAAAUUUCUAGAAAAAAAGAAACGUCAUGUUAUGAAACAGUUAUCACAUGAGCAAAGGUCAGUACUGUCAAGAGACGUCAAUAAAUUCUUCAUCCCACGAGAUACGAAGUUGAUUGUUGCCCAAAGUGAUGCUGCCACUAGCAGGUGGGUCAAAUUUGAUAACGAGAAACACAAAGUAGCAACCCGUAAUGGUAUCUGGAUCGAUCCGCAAACAAACGCCAUCAGGAUCAUCAAUAAUGAUCGCCAUAUUGCUAGUCAGAACGCAGCAGUUUCCACUCCUCCAGUCAGGUGUGGUGAGGAUACUCAAAGGAGUAGCUCAGAUUCAUCAAUCAAUGAAAGAUGUAGCCAGAAUACUGGAGUAAACCCUAGGUUUAACCUAGCGCCGCAGUGCAGGAUGGUUUCUCACAGCUUGGCGUUGUUGUCAUUUGAGAUGGUUGUCUGGCUUGGAAGUGUUUCGGCCGCAUUGUUGGAUGACUGUUAACGGUUGCCGGAAGAUCAACAGCUGGGUUUUUUUCGUGAUAGAGAAAUUCUGAUUGCAGAUUCGUUCUCAGCGUCCCCAAGUUUAGCCUGAAGGCUCAGAAUGUCAACAAUGUUUUUAAAUAAUUAAAAAUCAUCAUGAAAAGUCAUUAAUAUGGUAGUACACCACGUUUCUGGAAACUUUUUACUGGUGACUGGAGUUAUUAUUGAUUAUAGGUAACACAAAAAACAAAAUAAUCGCGAGAAAAAAAACUGCUGAUAAACGCGAAUAAGACCGUCACUCCAUUGUUCUAUAGUCUCGGCUGCUUGGCCGAGCCUGGCUUGAGGGAUCAAAUAACCGACUGGAAUGAUCUUUCGUCUGUCCGCUAGGCGGAACUACGCCGACCAUUGCUGGGUGGAAGAUGUUAUUGCGGCCGCUCGCAUUCCCACCAACGCUGCUAUUAUUUGCUGUCUCAGCGCCUAGUCCGAGUCAGACAAGCAUCCAGCCUACACUGCGGAGCUAGGUUAAGGUGCCUGAUUUUGUUCCACCGAAGCGAGGUGAACUGUUUACAGGUGGAAAAUGGAUGCCUGCUAAUCAAGAGAUGUGAAGAGAACUCAGAUAAUGUGAGUGAGACCUACAAAUACAGCUAUUGGUGAUAAUGUAAUUGACGUUUAGGUUAAACAUGAACCAAUGGAAUGUAAAUAAAAUGUGGAACCCACAAAAAUACAGUACAUUUCAAUGAUGUAAUUAAAGUUGAGCAGUACAUCUAAUGAAAUUGAAGUUGAACAUGACAUCUGAUGAAACAAUAGAAUGUGAGAAUGUUCGGAAUCAAGCUUUGGAAGUCGAGCCCAUAAAUUAGUCUUGAGGAACGCCUUUACUAAUAUCUGGUAAAACAUCAAAGAAUGUUCAAAUAAUAUAAUAAUAUUGUGCAGCUGAAACGUUUCAUUGUAUGAAUUACAAAUAACUGAUUAGAAACUAUUAUUUGGAAAAUACUGAGUGAUUCACGUUGUAGACUGAAAUUUGGCAGCAUGGAGAGAAUAGACACACAUACUAGUGCACACUUUUAAUUAACUACUACCUAGUCGUAUACUCCAAAUCCAACAGAAGAGGUUUUACUAACAGGAGAGAAAAUGUUGAAGAAAACUAGAGACAGGAAUAUUACACAAUCUAGGCAAUUGCCACUUACUCUAGUAAAAAUGUUUUUAGAUUUUUACCGGUUCUAUGUGAUUGAUGUUUUUUAAAGCUGCUUCAGUUUUAAAACACAUCAAUCACAUAGAACCGGUAAAAAUCUAAAAACUUUCUUACUGAACAAUUUAAAUCAUAUUUUUUAAUCUGGAGGUUAUUACAAAUUGAUGUAAGUCUUCCAAAAGUAUUUCAUGAAACUGAUAAUGAAUGGAGAAUAAUAAUAGUUUGUCAGAUUCAUGAAAACUUAAUAGUUAAUAAAUAACACUCUGAUCAAUGUAGGUAUAAUUCCCAUCAAUAAUUGACGAACAAUAAAUACUGUUUACAUACAUAUUACAGUUUCUAAUCAGUAUACAUUUGUAAUCCAUACAAUGAAAAAUUUUAACUACACAAUAUUAUUAUAUCAUUGGAACUUUCUUUGAUGUUUCACCAGGUAUUGCAAAAUAAACACAGAUAUUAGUAAAGACGUUCCUGACUGAUUCAUGGGCACAACUUCCGAAGUUUGAUUCCAAACAUUCUCACAUUCUAUUGUUUCAUCAGAUACAUGUCCUAAUAGUACUUCAAUUUCAUUAGAUGUACUGCUCAACUUUAAUUACAUCAUUGAAAUGUGCUGUAUUUGUGGGGUUCUCAACAUUUCCCUCACAUUCCAUUGGUUCAUGUUUAGCCUGAACGUCAAUUACAUUAUCACCACUAGCUGUAUUUGUAGGUCUCACAUUAUCUACAUCAGUCACAAGUUCAUCACCAGCACCAAACAACAGGUUGGUUGUUGUGAGUUGGUUGAGUUUCAAUCAAUUUUUUCGCAGGAACAUUUGUACUGGAGCAUAAAGUUUCAUCUAUUGUAGAUGAAAAAUCAGACCAAUGCUUUCCGGAAUUAAAAGAGGAUGAACGUUGUGUGGACAGGUUUACAAACCGGUUUGUACCAGUUGCAAAUUUUGUGAGACUACGGUUGAAGAUGGCGGUGGUUUGAAGAAGCUGGUUCUGAGAUUUUAGUCAAAACACUUUGAGUUGCAGAUGACGUGUUUUGAGAUGACAUAUCGGUUUGAGCCGGUUGUACAUUUUGCGAGGUAAUGGUUGAAGAUGGCUGUGGUUUGCAGGCAGCUGGUUCUGAGAUUUUAGUCGAAAUACUUUGGGUUGUAUAUAAAUUACUUAGAGAUGACACACUGCUUAUGCGUUGCUCGUGUUUUUUCAAUAAAGAUAGACAACUACCUGUGUUUUUCGAACUAUUUUGCUGUACUUGUUUCUUUCCUGAUUUUGGGAAACAUUUGCCGAGUAUUUUGCAUACAUCUCUUGAUUGGCAGACACCCAUUUUCCACUUCUAAACAGUUCACCUCAUUUCGGUGGAACAAAAUCAGGCACCUUAGGGUUUACUCCAGUAUUCUGGCUACCCAUCUUUCAUUGAUUGAUGAAUCUAAGCUACUCCUUUGAGUAUCCUCACCACACCUGACUGGAGGAGUGGAAACUGCUGCGUUCUGACUAGCAAUAUGGCGAUCAUUAUUGAUGAUCCUGAUGGCGUUUGUUUGCGGAUCGAUCCAGAUACCAUUACGGGUUGCUACUUUGUGUUUCUCGUUAUCAAAUUUGACCCACCUGCUAGUGGCAGCAACAGUUUGGGCAACAAUCAACUUCGUAUCUCGGGGGAAGAAGAAUUUAUUAACGUUUCUUGACAGUACUGACCUAUGCUCAUGUGAUAACUGUUUUGUAACAUGACGUUUCUUUUUUAUAGAAAUUGUCUCAGCUAUUCUUCUUCUUUUUCAUACCUUUUGCCGUUAAGCGUCAGGUUUCUUCAACCAUCCUCUUAACUUAAUCCGAUCCUGUGCCAUUCUCUUUACUUCAAUCAUUGUUUUUCCUCUUCCAUCAGCUAUACUCUCUACAUACUGAUUCCAUUGCAGUGGUGGUCGUCCCCUGCCUCGUUUUCCUUCCGGUCUUGCCACCAUAACCAGCCUUGCCUUUCGUUCAUCACACAUCCGAGCUACAUGGCCAUACCAUCCUAAGGUUUUUCGUUGAACAUUUUGGUAAUCAGUUCCUCCUGUUUUAAUGUUCCUCUGAUCACAUUAUUUCUCACUCUGUCUUUUUUGGUUUUUCCUACCACCCUCCUCCUUAGGUAUCUCAUUUCUGAGGAGGUAAUUCUACUCUUGUGUUUUUCUAUCAUUGUGAGGCAUUCUGUUCCAUAGAGUGGGACUGGCUCUACUCUAGGAGAGCUCUUAGCUCUAGUGUUAACAGUGGAAUCAUUGGUUUUGCAAUAAUAGAUCUUUUGACAAUAUAAUUUAGUCACAAUUUCUUCUACUCAUUCGUUUUAGGCUUUAGAUUUUCUGUAAUACAUAUUCUUGAUAAAAAUACGGAUAACUAUUAGAUUGGAUCUUUUGUAUCCUGUGUUAACUUUAAUUUUAACUAACUGCUUUCUAAUUUAGAUUUAUAUUUGUUUGGUUUCUCAUAAACUAUUCCGAUCUAGCAAACAUACUGCUAUAUUCGAAGGUCCACUCGCUAUAUUUAUUAUUAUGUUAAGACUAUUUUAUUAUUAUCGCAAGCUUUAUCGAUUGAUACAUUUGAAGGCUGUUAGACAAGUUGUAAAUAUUCAUUGGACUUAUUGUUGAUGUUUCAGUCGAGAUGAAAUGUAAUCUUUUUUCUAUUGAAUAAAGUGUUUCUAUUUGUGAGUA